AGUUUGAUCCACGUGUAGAGGGAAGCUGUGUAUAACAUCUGCACGUAAUGUGUUUAAAAAACUAAUUUGUUGAACUACAGGCAAAAUAAGAAAGUUUACAUAAAGCCCUGGUAUGUCCGAGUCUUUACAAGAGCAACUGAGGGGGUUGGAGGAGGAAGUGAAAAGGCUGAAGGCUCUGCUGAAGGAGAAGGAAUGGGUGGAUGAGAAAGAAAUGGAACCUGAAUCUGAACCUGGAGGAAAGAACAUCCAAGCAGAUGAGGGCAAGAAGAAGGGGAAGAAAGGGGGUCAGACCCGGGCAUUCGAUUUUUCAGCCCACCCCCGGCGUCAUGUUGCCCUGCGUCUGGCCUAUCUGGGUUGGGACUACCAAGGCUUUGCUGUACAGGAAAACACGGACAACACAGUGGAGGCCAGACUCUUUGAGGCCUUACUUAAGACCAGGCUGAUUCAGGACCGCCAGACCUCCAAUUAUCAUCGAUGUGGUCGCACUGACAAGGGAGUCAGCGCCUUCUCGCAGGUUAUUACCAUUGACUUGCGCUCCACGCAGUUCUGUGGCGGUUUGGGGGUGAUCCUCCCGCCUAAUAUUGAUGACAAGCAGAAGCCAAACACUGCAGAGCUUCCCUACACCAAGAUACUGAACAGAGUUCUGCCCCCAGACAUUAGAGUAUUAGACUGGGCUGCUGUAGAGACUGGCUUCAGCGCGCGCUUUGACUGUCAGUCCAGAACUUACCGGUAUUAUUUUCCUCGUGGGGAUUUGGAUGUGGAACUCAUGACUGAAGCUGCAAAACGCUACGAAGGUACCCAUGAUUUUCGGAACCUUUGCAAAAUGGAUGUUGGCAACGGGGUUCUUCAGUUCCAAAGGACUAUCUUGUCAGCUUCUAUUCAGGCAGCUCAGCUCCAAAAGACAGCCUCCAGUGACUCAUAUGACCUCUUCUUCUUCGAGGUCAAGGGUCUGGCCUUUCUGUACCACCAGGUGCGCUGCAUGAUGGCUGUCCUGUUCAUGAUUGGACAGAAACUGGAGAAACCAGACGUCAUUGAUCAGUUACUGGAUGUUGAGAAGAACCCAAGGAAACCCCAGUAUAGCAUGGCUAUGGACUACCCCCUGGUGUUGUAUGAUUGCCACUUUGAGGGGCUGAGCUGGCAAAGAGAAGCUGAAGAGGUGGAUCGUGUUUUGGCCACGCUGCAGCAGCACUGGACCCUCUCAGCGGUGAAGAGCCAAAUUCUGCAGGGAAUGAUCCAGGGCCUCCAGAGCUCAGAGGAGAAGUCGUCAUCUCACCCCUGUUGGCUCCUUGAGGGAACUAAACAGCGCAACUACCGUCCCUUGCUUGAGCGUCCUUGCUGUGAAAGCUUGGAGUCUAGAAUAGAGCAUUUUGUUAAAAGAGGCAGACUCGAGCGUGAAAAGGACGAGGAUGGUGAAGAGUUUGUACACAGGGGCAAAAGGGCAAAAUGUCAGGAGAAAUCCUGCCAUCAGUCCAGUGUAACUAAUAUAUCUGACCUCUGACCUCCAGCUGAAUGGGGACUGACCAGGAUUAAGAAAAUGUAGGUCAUGUUUUGAUUUUUUGUUGUUCACUGAUGCUUUUUAUCUGAACUAUUUUUUAAAA